GUCUUGUCUCUGUGUAUUUAAGUGUUGAGACGUUGAUGAUGAGAUGUGCUGUAAAUCAGUAUGAACUGAUCUGUCCAUGCUGGAUAUAUUGACGAUUUCAUCACAGAAAUCUCUCAGCUGAAGAAAGAGGUGGCGUUACUGGAGACAAUGCUGAGGUCAAGAGGAGAUUUAGCAAUGAAACGAGAGGAUGUGGAUUGUUGUGAAUCUUCAGUGUAUGUGACUGAUGAUGGGAGUCUGGAUUCAGUGUGGAUGAGCAGAGAUCAGAGCCGCACACCACAGCCACUGCUGGACUCUAAACUCUCUGAAGAGAAAUCCAGACACACACAGGACUCCGAGCUCAGUCUGACUUUACUCUGUUAUACUGAGUCAAAGCCCACAGACAUUCAGGACACUACAGUGUGUGACGGUAAACAGAGCUUACAGGAGGAUCAAACCUCCACAGAGUCUCUGGAUUCUGUCUGUAAUGCUGGAGAACAGCAGCAGAUCCUGCAGACCAAACUGAAGAUGUGUUCAGUUAAACUCAUCGACUGCACGAACCUCAUGAUGAAGAUUAAAACUGAACCCACAGAAAUCAAACCUGAACCCACAGAAAUCAAUACUGAACCCACAGAAAUCAAAACUGAACCCACAGAAAUCAAAACUGAACCCACAGAAACCAAACCUGAACCCACAGAAAUCAAAACUGAACCCACAGAAGAGGAAGAUCGAAAUGAGGAAGUUGAUGAUUUUAUUCCAUCAGAUGUGAAGAGUGAUUCAUGUUUGGAUAUAAAAAUAACGUCCUCAACAUCAUUCAGCUCACAGAGACAUUUAGAGAGACAUGAGAGAAAACACACAGAACAGAAACUCUUCACCAGAUCUGAGAUCAGCUUUACUACCUUACAAGAGAAGAAACUUCAUUCAGAAGACCACAGAGAGAAGAAGAAGAAGAAGAAGAAGUUGUUUCACUGUGAGCAGUGUGGGAGGAUUUGUGUCUCUUCCUCUAAACUAAAUAUUCACAUGAGGACACACAGUGGUGAAAAGCCUUUCAACUGCACUGAAUGUGGAAAAUACUUCAGAACCAAACAAAAUCUUAAAGUUCAUCAAAGACUUCAUACAGGUGAAAAACCUUUCAAAUGCGCUCAGUGUGGAAAAAGCUUCUCUAGUUCAUCUCAAUUAAAAGUUCAUCAGAGAGUUCACACAGGAGAAAAAACGUACGAGUGUCCUCACUGUGAGAAGAGAUUUAGCUGUAAACGUGGUCUGAAGACUCAUAUGCUUUCACACACCAAUGAGAGACCAUAUCAGUGCAGUGAAUGUGGAAAAACCUUUAGGGAUUCAGGUUCAUUAAAAAAACACCAGAAUAUUCACUUUAAAGAGAAACUCUAUCAGUGUUCACACUGUGAUAAACGUUUCUGCCAUAAAUAUAAGCUGAUAAUCCAUGAGAGAGUUCACACUGGAGAAAAACCUUACAAAUGCUGUCAGUGUGACAAGACUUUUCACUAUUCACGUUACUUAAAAGCCCAUCAGAGAGUUCACACUGGAGAAAAACCUCGUCACUGUAGUGUCUGUGGGAAGAGUUUUAGUAACAAAUCAAACUUACUAAGGCACCAGAAAGUUCAUACAGGUGAAAAACCUUACAAAUGCUCUCAGUGUGACAAGACGUUUACUUACUCAUCUAACCUAAAAUCCCAUCAGAGAGUUCACACUGGAGAGAAACCUUACGUCUGCGCUCAAUGUGGAAAGUGCUUCUCUAGUUCAUCUCAAUUCAGAGUUCAUCAAAGAGUUCACACUGGAGAGAAACCUUACGUCUGCGCUCAAUGUGGAAAGUGCUUCUCUAGUUCAUCUAAAUUCAGAGUCCAUCAGAGAGUUCAUACUGGAAAGAAACCUCAUCACUGUGGUGUCUGUGGGAAGAGUUUUAGUGUAAAGGAUACCUUACUAAGGCACCAGAGAGUUCAUACAGGUGAAAAACCUUACAAAUGCUCUCAGUGUGACAAGACUUUUGCUUAUUCAGGUCACUUCAGAGUUCAUCAGAGACUUCACACUGGACAGAACCUUUAACUCUUUUCCCACCAACGUUUAAAAAAAGUUGCCAGCCAGCAGCAGCAUUUUUCAUGAUUGUCACAAAAGUUUAAUGUCUUCCAGAAAAUGUAAAAUAUAUCAAAUAAAGAAAUAGACACUCUGCUUUCAAACAAAAAGACGUUUCAUCCUACCUUCAUUAGUUAUCUUGUAUUGUGGAAAGCCGGAAUUACUCGUCAUUGGCAGGGAAGCCUUUUUUUUAUUACAACAAUGGUGGAAAACCAGAACGUGAAUAAUAGACUGACGAGUAGAGCAUCUAAAUCGCUAUUAGAGGGGUGUAUGGUGUGCUGCUUUUGGGCUUCCAGGGACACUUGUAGGCUGUAACUACAUGACUGCAGGUGAAGGUGGCAAUGUGAUAAAUAUUGCAUCUACUUUGACGUAUGAUGUCAUAUGACAGUCUAGUAGUGGUGUCCCAUUUCUUAGGGGAAUAUUAUUAACCCUUCCCCUUUUCACACUGUUUUAGGAGGCAAGGUUAAGGGUUAGGCGUAUAAAAUAGAAUUGGAAUUGGCUUCAGCUGACACAGAGGAGGACUGGAAUCUGGAGUGCAUUCAUGAGCGACCACAUUCAAAAUAACAAGUAUUUUGUUAUAAUGUGCAAAUGUUUUUUUCUGAAAUAGUUUUUUCUAUGUGCUUUGGUGGGCAGAGAAGUUCUGAAUUGAUAUACAUCAUGUAAUAUGUAGUCCUGACUCAUUCUCUUUUGAUAAUCAUGUCAUUUUGUUAUGUGUAUAUUUGGAGUUUCCAAGUGCACUUUUUCUGAAAGGACGCCUGGACUUUUUGAAAUAAAAGCUCACAGAAACACCA